AUGCAAUCUUAUUUUCAGGGUACAAUGUCGCACCGAAAAUUCUCGGCGCCAAGGCACGGAUCCAUGGGAUUUGCGCCUAAAAAGCGCUCUAGGACAUAUCGAGGAAGAAUAAAGGCCUUCCCAAAAGAUGACCCAUCAAAGCCAAUCCAUCUCACGGCGUUCCUCGGUUACAAAGCUGGAAUGACUCACAUCGUCCGUGAGGUCGAUAAACCAGGAUCAAAGGUAAACAAAAAGGAGGUGGUAGAGGCCGUGACCAUCAUCGAAACGCCGCCGAUGGUGAUUGUCGGAAUCGUUGGCUACAUCGACACCCCACGCGGACCACGUCCGUUCAAGUCCGUUUUCGCCGAGCACCUGAGCGAGGACUGCCGCCGUCGCUUCUACAAGAACUGGUGCAAGUCAAAGAAGAAGGCCUUCACGAAAUACGCUAAGAAGUGGCAAGAUGAAGACGGAAAGAAGGUCAUUGAGUCUGACCUCAACAAGAUGAAGAAGUACUGCUCUGCCAUCCGAGUUGUUGCCCAUACUCAGGUAAAAGAUGAUCUUACUUUUAAAAUCAUAUUCAAGCUGAUGCUUAUACUUUACUGCUGA